AUAAUACACGUUACAUUUCAAAGAAAACUCAAAGUGCUACAGGGCAGAAGGCUCAAAGCAACCCCCGGCAUAAUACAAAAAAAUGAAAACAGCAUUUUACAAUCAUCAUUGACCGAAAAUAAAUAAUUCAAGUAAUGUUUCUAAUUCUAAUACUGCAAAGGAUAAAGGAUAGUUAUAUGCACACUGAGGACUGAUGUGGAUGUAAGUGAAAUUAUUUUUAACCAGUAGGGGCGCUGCAGCCCCGGUUGUGUCAGAAAGGACGCGCAAAGGAUUCUGGGACUUUUAGUUCUCAGUGAGCAACGGUAGCGUUGAUAACGAUCCGAAGAAUAAAAACAGAGCUUAAAACUAGUACAUCAGCGUUAAAUUUGACCCUUUUGGAGGGAACAUGCCCGGGUUCACCUGCUGUGUGCCCGGCUGCUACAACAACUCGCACCGGGACAAGGAGCUGCGCUUCUACACCUUCCCCAAGGACCCCGCUCUGAGGGAGCAGUGGCUGCGGAACAUCUCCCGGGCCGGGGUCAGCGGAUGCUUCAGCACCUUCCAGCCCACCACGGGCCACCGCGUCUGCAGCGUGCACUUCGCCGGCGGGAGGAAGACGUACACCGUGCGGGUGCCGUCCCUCUUCCCCCUGCGGGGCGUCAACGAGCGCAGGAAUCGGCGCAGCAGAGGGAGGAAGCUGUCCGCCUCGGCCCCCGCGCCCGGCAUCGUCGCCACCAGCCUGCUGGGCAACACGGCCGGCGUGGCCGAGGGCACCGUCGGCGGGGAGGCGAAAGACGACAGCAUCACGGUGGUUCAGCUGGGCCACCACGGGGAGUACCUGGGCACGGCGCGGCUGCCCGGCGCGGCGCGGCUGCCCGCCCAGGCGGAGGCCGGCUGUGACGGCUCCUCUUCGGGUGGCUUGGUGGAGCUGAAGAUCGAGGACGCGGACGCCGUGCAGUACCUGAGCGUGACCUCCAGCCCGCUGGACCACUCCUACUCCCUGACCACCGGCACCACGUCCGCGGAGCUGCUGCGCAAGCUCAACGAGCAGCGGGACAUCAUCGCGCUGAUGGAGGUGAAGAUGAAGGAGAUGAAGGCGACCAUCCGCCAGCUGAGGGUGACGGAGGCCAAGCUGCAGGAGGAGGUGCGGGAGCGGGACCGGCUGCUCAACACCAGCUCGCUGGCUGCGAGCGUCCGGAAGAAAAACUGACGAGGCGGCUGAAAUUAGCCGAAGACCGACGACCACCCUCCAGAGGAAGACCCGGCCCCGUUCCGUCUAACUAAGCUUAAAACAAACAGAUCAAAAACACGAACGAUCAGAGUUAGUAUUUAGUCUGUAGAGCUGGUUUUCAUAGGCGUGAUAUGAAAAGAGACAGACUGCUUUGUUUUUUUUUAGUAGCAGAUAGAUUAACCCUGCCGCUAACCACAUGGACCAGGAUCAACACACAGACUCAUGAGCUUGCACAGAUUCACAAGUAUAUUUAUAAGCAGAGUUGACGGAAGUUUGACUGAACUGCCUGAUUGCAUACGUAUUUUUUUUUUUUUAUUAUUAUUCUACUCUCCGUUUUGACUUCUGUCCAUGCCUUUCAACUUCUAGGACUCUGACUGGAGAAUCAACUCAUGAUUUAAGGGCGAAAGGGCACCGAGAUGAAGAAAACACUACUCCUGACAUGCCUUUCCAUCAUUUAAAUGAGCUCAGCCCUCAUCACAGAUGCCUUCUGAUGUACUUUGUUCACGUCAUAUUUUGUUGCUUUUUUUUAAAAACAUUUGAGCGACCGAAGAGUGACGUUUAGGAAACUCUUGAGAAAAGAAAGCGUCAGUAUGUCAAGAAUGUCAUUUUACUCAGCGUGUGUCCCAUGGUAGUUUUGUUGUCGUUUCUUUUGUCGUGCCAGUUUAUUGUUACGUGCUGGACUAAAGGCUUCUACGUGGCUUCGUCUUGAUUUAUUGAGUGUUUUAUGCUCUGUGAGCUUCCUGCAUUUCUUAGAUUUGAAGUAAAUUCCUUUUUGAAAUUGUAUGCUGACUCUCACAAUAGGUUUUACUUUUUUUUCCCCCUCCUCCCCCAAUUUCUCCCAAGGAUUUCAUGUCACCUGAGGGUGAAAGGAGCUUCUGCAGUGUCUCCUUUGCUUUCCACCUGCAGGUCGACACCAUUAAAGCUCUCUGGACUGCACAGCGAGUUUCGCUUUAGGAUCGACAAAAUAGAAAUCUGCAGUGGCUUCUGUCAACUAUAUUAAAGCUGUAUUUUUCAGCCGGGUUGACUUUUUGUGCAAAACCUAAUAAAAUUUUCUUACAAAAGAA